AUGCCUGCAAGGUGGCAUAAUAAACAGAAGAAAGGGUCGAAUGGCCACAAGCGGCCUUCCACCGGAGGCAACGGGAGCGCGGCGCGGCGUGACAUUGGCUUCAUUCCCCCCGGCGCUUCUGCUGUCCAGAAUUCAUCGGCACACCACGCGGAUACCUUUAUGUACCGCUUUCCACAAAAUUUUCCUGUUCCACGGCGUCUGCGGCAUGCGCCAACUUCACUCGUGGAGGCGGUGAACGACUUUCACUUUGCCAUGAUGAACGACCGGCCCCGCAAUGAAUUUUAUUAUGAGCUCCUGAAACGUCAUGUGACACCCGAAACGGGUGUCUUGGAGAUUGGUGCGGGGUCGGGUCUCCUGUCGUUAAUGGCCGCUCAGUUGGGCGCAAAAUGGGUCGUGGCUGUUGAGGGGAGCGCUGAGAUGGCAAAGUUGGCACGCGCCAACAUUUGUGCAAACAAAAUGGAACACAAAGUGACUGUUUUGCACAUGUUGAGUACAGAACUGACACUGCGUCAUUUGCCAGAUAGACCGGAUGUCAUGGUGUCGGAGAUUCUUGGGACGCUGCUAUUAGGGGAGUCGGCUCUCGACUAUAUUGCCGAUGUACGUGAGAGGCUGCUGAAGCCAACGACGAAGAUUAUUCCACAGCAUGGAACACAGUACGCGGUUCCGAUAGAGUGUGACACACUGCGGGAUGUGUGUGCGGUGUCGGGAUGGAAGGGGCUUGAAUUGAGCCACAUGACGGCACUACAGGACACUGUCAGCAUUGUGUUUGCGAAGCAGUACGGCUUUCGCAUGAGCAGUGUUCCCUUCCGCCGCCUGAGCGAGCCGAUAGCCCUCUUCUCCGUGGAUUUUGCGUCCGCUGUUCGUCGUGACAUCCCCAUGAAUUUGAAAUUAGAUGUCAAGGCAACUAGUAGCGGGACGGCACAUGCGAUGUUGUACUACUGGAAGGCUUUUGAUGGCGAUCUUGUCAUGUCGACAGAUCCGGCUGACACGCUUAACAACUUCCCGCGUGAUAUGCAGUGGGGUCAGGCGUUGCAGCUACUGGAUGCUGCCAACGGCCCGUUUCCAACGCCGGUUGUAUUCACAGAGGGGGAGGAGCUUAAAUUCCAAUGCCACUUUUCCUCGGAUCGCGUGACGGUUCAUAUCCAUCUGUGUCCCACGGCAGAAGCAGCAGCAUCACCAGCAAAGACAACACCAACAGAUAAUGAUGCGAUAAAAACCGAAAAGGAGGCAUGUGAGAAAGUGAAUAAGGGCAAAAAAUGA